AUGGCCGCCCAAGACCAAACCGACCACAAGAUCACGUCGCUGCCAGGCUUCGCCGAUGACAUCAGCUUUGACCAGUACGCGGGUCAGCUCACGCUGCCGUCGAACGGCCAGCGCAUGUUCUACUGGCUCGUUGAGGCCGAAGAGAACCCGUCGACGGCGCCGCUUGUGCUUUGGCUCAACGGCGGCCCUGGCUGCUCGUCCCUUAUCGGCUUCUUCACGGAACUCGGCCCGUUUGUCGUGAAUAGCGACCUCUCGCUGAAGCGGAACCCGUAUGCGUGGAACCGCAAGGUCAACAUGGUCUUCCUCGAGUCGCCGGCUGGCGUCGGCUUUAGUCAACCCGUCCUCAACGCGACCGACUACAAUGACGACGUGACAACAGCGCGCACGUACGAGUUCCUGCAGCAAUUUUUUGCCAAGUACGCCAAGUAUACCAACCGGGACUUCUACAUCACGGGCGAGAGCUACGCCGGCAUGUACCUUCCGUGGCUCGCCAACAAGCUCGUUUCGACGCCGCUAACCUCAGUGACCUUCAAGGGUUUUGCGCUCGGGAAUGGCUACACGGACGAAACCAUCGACGGCAACUCGUACGUUGACUACCUCUACACGCACGCGCUUCUUUCGCUUUCCGACUACUCGGCCAUCAACACGGCAUGUCCGGGUGCCGGCAUCGCCGAGUGCCAAGUGACGGAUGACUGCCCCGCCAAGUGCAAGACCGCGAUGAGCUCCGUCCUUGACCGCGUCAACAUGACGGCCAUGAACGAUCGCCGCGUUGCGCCCGCGCAAUGA